AUGGAUGACGACCCUAACUUAUUACCUGGGGCGAAGCUCAUGAGCGAAUUGCCAAGACAGAGAUACAAAGUCGAGUUAAAACCAGAUGACAUCAAUAUUGUCUCAUGGAAAAAGUUAACAAAGGAAAAAGCUCAACAAACUAGCCAAAGUGAGCAAAAACCACAGCCUGACAAUAUUGAGCAAAAACCACGUAAUUAUUUCAGUGCAGUUCUUGAAAGAAUGGAGAACAUUUACCGGGGAGUUGAUAGCAGUGAUGAGGAGGGAGAAAAUGUUGGUGAAGGUGGUGCUAUGGAUUAUUAUGAUUGUGACGACUCUUUUAUAGACGAUUCUGAGUUAAAUGAGUACUACAAACUGGAGAAAACAAAAUCUAAGUACAGUGGGUUUUAUAUAGAAAGGAGGUCCCCAGAGGAAGAUAAAGAGCCCGGUUCCCUUCCUGUGGGCGAAUCAUCAAAAAAGAAGAGGAAAAGAAUCUCCAUGGAGGAAAUCCCCAAAAAAAGACCAAAGAAGAGGGUGCGUCGAAUGAUAUCUUCUCCUGCAAAAGAAGCCAUGAAUAAGGUUAUGGGUCAUGAUAUGGAUGAGCUUGAUGAUACUAAGAUAAAAACUUCCAUGGAGGAAAUCCCAAAAAAAAGACCAAAGAAGAGGGUGAGUCGCAUGCAAAUAUCUUCUCCUGCAAAUGAAGCCAUGGAUAAGGUUGUGGGUUAUGAUAGGGAUGAGCUUGAUGAUAGUAAGAUAAACAAAGAGUUAGGUUCCACUUCCACUGGUGUUUUAGGAUCGGAUAGGUGCAAAGAAGUGGGCAAUGUUAGGAAGAGGGAAAAAAAUUCCAUGGUGGAAAUCCCAAAAAAAAGACCAAAGACGAGGGCGAGUCAAAUGCAAAUACCUUCUCCUACAAAUGAAGCCAUGGAUAAAGCUGUGGAUCGUGAUAUGGAUGAGCUUGAGGAUACUAAGAUAAAUAAAGAGUUGGGUUCUACUUCCACUGGUGUCUUAGGAUCAGAUGGGUGCAAAGAAGUGGGCAAUGUUAGUGCAUCUAAUGUCAAAGACGAUGAGCCUGAGUUUUCAAAUAUGUUGGAGAAGGCAUUCGUUGAUUUAGAAAGUGCUGUUGUAGAGUCAAGUGCACAACAGGCUGAUAUGAGUCAGGUAGCUGGUUCAUCUGAAGGAGGGGGUAGUAAGAGAAGGUAUUUGCCUCCUGGUGUGAAGCAAAGGCUUAAUGAAGUUGCCAGUUUAGCCAUUGCAAAGUAUGGGGAAGUACCAGGUCAUAUUUCUGAUAGGCUACACAGCAUUUUAGGGCACAUCAUGCAACGAAGAAACUUAACAAGAUGGUUCAGGAGAAUGGUGAAAAAACAUGACGAUGCUUUGCAAAAAGGUACUGAGGCUUAUGGAAGUAGUGACCAAGAUACUGAUGCCUUGCAGAAAACUGAUGGAGUCAAGGAAAGGAAUGAGGAUGAGGAUGAGGAUGAGACAGACGAACUUUAA